GGGGCCCCGCCGAGCUCCCGCCGGUCGCCCGCUGCCCUGCAGCCGCCGCCGCCGCCCCGGCCCGGCUCCCGCCGCCCCGCCGGGAAGGAGACGGGAGCGUUUCGGAUCCGUGAGCGGCCGGCACCCCCCUACCCUACCCCGCCCCGCCGCCGCCACCUCCCGCCCAGUCGUGGCUUUUGCAAACCCUCCAAGGGGAGCGGGAUCUUUCGGUCCUUCCUGCGUUUCCGACCAUUAUAGGAUCUAGCGAUGUCUACGACGCUGUUAUCGGCCUUCUACGACAUCGACUUCUUGUGCAAGACGGAGAAGUCCCUGACCAACCUGAGCAGCAUGCUGGACAAGAAGGCCGUGGGGACCCCGGUCACCCCCCCCAGCUCCAGCUUCGCGCCGGGCUUCCUGCGGCGGCACUCGACCAGCAACCUGCCGGCCCUGGCCGGCGGCUCCAAGUUCCCCAGCCCCACCGGCUCCAGCUCUUCCUCCUCCUCCUCCUCCUCCUCUUCCUCCUCCUCGUUCGGCAGCCUGAAGGAGACGGGCUCCGGCGGCGGAGGCGGCGGCAGCAGCAGCCCCACGGCCCUGCUCAACAAGGAGAACAAGUUCCGGGACCGCUCCUUCAGCGAGAACGGCGAGCGCAGCCAGCACCUCAUGCAGCAGCUCCAGCAGCAGCAGCAGCAGCAGAAGGGGGGCGGCUCCGGCGGCGCGGGGGGGGCCCCCAUCAACUCGACGCGCUACAAGACGGAGCUGUGCCGCCCCUUCGAGGAGAGCGGCGCCUGCAAGUACGGCGAGAAGUGCCAGUUCGCGCACGGCUUCCACGAGCUGCGCAGCCUCACCCGCCACCCCAAGUACAAGACCGAGCUGUGCCGCACCUUCCACACCAUCGGCUUCUGCCCCUACGGCCCCCGCUGCCACUUCAUCCACAACGCCGACGAGCGCCGCCCGGCGCCCGGCGGGGGCACGGCCGCCGCGCCGCCCGCCUCGGCCGCCCCCCCGCACCACCACCACCACCACCACCAGCACGCCCCGCACCCCGCCGGCAGCACCGGCGACCUCCGCGCCUUCGCCCCCCGUGACCAUCCCCUGGGAGGAGGAGGAGGAGGCGGCGGCGGCGGCGGCGGCUUCGGGCACCCCCGCGGCGGCGGGGGCAGCGAGCGGCCCAAGCUGCACCACAGCCUGAGCUUCUCCGGCUUCUCCGCCCACCACCACCACCACCACCACCCGCACGCCGCCGCCCCGCCGCCCCCGCCGCCCCCCGGCGGCCGCCUGGACGCCGCGCUGCUGGAGAGCCCCGGCGGGUCGCGCACGCCGCCGCCCGCCUCGGCCUCGUCGUACUGCGAGGAGCUGCUCUCGCCGCCCUGCGCCAACAACGCCUUCGCCUUCUCGGGCCAGGAGCUGGGCAGCCUCAUCGCGCCCCUCGCCCUGCACACCCCCAGCUUCGCCGCCGCAGCCGCCGCCGCAGCCGCCGCCGCCGCCUAUUACCGCUGCCAGCAGCAGCAGCAGCAGCCCCCGCCGCCGCCGCCCCCCGGGGGGGGCUGUCCGCCGCCCCCCGCCUCGCCGCCCUUCAGCUUCCAGCCCCUGCGCCGUCUCUCCGAGUCGCCCGUCUUCGACGCGCCGCCCAGCCCGCCGGACUCGCUGUCGGACCGCGAGAGCUACCUGAGCGGCUCCCUCAGCUCCGGCUCCCUCAGCGGCUCCGAGUCGCCCAGCCUGGACUCGGGCCGCCGCCUGCCCAUCUUCAGCCGCCUCUCCAUCUCCGACGACUAGGCCGGCGGCUGCUGCUGCUGCUGCUGCUGCUCCCGCUGCGCCCCCCGCCGCCGCCCCCGGGCCGGCCCCGCGCCCCCCCCGCAGCCGCGAGCGCAAGUAAGUCGCAGGGCGGAGAGAGAGAGCCCUGCUCUUUUUUUUUUUUUUUUUUAUACGUAUUAUCUAUCUAUAUAUCCACCGAGAGCUGAACAAAAAAGCGUUUUGCGAAAGGGCGAGUGACGUGAACUGAACAAACCUAUUUUUAUAGAGAGACCUUGGAAGAAGGGGAUUUUUGUUUUGGGGUUUUUUUUUUCGUUGUUGUUGUUCUUUGGAGACAAGUUAUGAUACGCACCAGCAGCAGCCAUUCCAUCUGUGUUCAGAGAAAAAAAAAAAGAAAGAAAACAAAACACGAGCGUUAGCAAAGACACCACCAGAAAGCAACAAACAAUCCGGGGAGCACGGGUUCUGCCUUUUCAGCUCCUCCACAUCUGCAGGCACACGCAGAAAAGCCACCGAGCAGUUCUUGUCUUUCAAUCCAGUUCAGAUAAAAACACAGAACAUAACUAAAACCUAUAAGCUUUUUUUAAGAAAAGAGAAAUCCAACAUCCUGCCAAGAAUAUGCCUUGAUAACAACCUUCUUUUUUUAUAUAUCUAUAUAUUAUUAUUAUAACAAAUGCUAAAACCUUCAUUCCAAAGUUUAAUAUUGGUUCCAUUGCCACCACUUAGUGGAUGUUUGGCUUAGAACAAUUUUUUUUGUUGUUGCUUUAUUUGGAAGCACUCAACUGAGUUUAGUUUGUAAUUGUUGGAGAAUAACUGCUGAUUUUUUUUAAUUUUUUUUAGCUGUUUGAGUUGAUUGCAUGAAUGAGUCACUGCACACAACUCAAUAUGAAACUAUUUAACUUAUUUAUUAUCUUGUGAAAAGUAUACAUUGGUAAUUUGUUCAUACUGUAUUUAUCGGGUAUGAUGAAAAGCAAUAGAUAUAUAUUCUUUUAUUAUGUUUAAAUUAUGAUUGCCAUUAUUAAUCGGCGAAAUGUGGAGUGUGUUCUUUUCACAGUAAUAUAUGCCUUUUUGUAACUUCACUUGGUUAUUUUAUUGUAAAUGAGUAAAAUUCUUAAUUU